UCCUUUUAUUUGAUCGCCUUCCGAUUCGCAGUUGUUAUUGAUUGAUCGUGUGAAAAAUAUGCAAUGGCCAUAGAUCAGACCAAGAAGCUCAAGAAUCUCAUCGACGCUUUCAAAGAUCAAGCCUCAAUAAUCAAAGCCACUUUCUCAAUUCAUCGCCGUUCAUCUUCCAUUAAAGUCGCCGUCGUCCGUGCCACCACGCACGGCGCCAGAAACCCACCUUCCGACGCCCGACUCGCUGCUCUGUUAGCCCUUGGAAAUGACUUCCGUUCCUCCACGGCAUUCGUCUGCAUCCAAGCCUUGAUGGAACGGCUUCAUACCACCACGAGCGCCGCCGUGGCCAUGAAAUCGCUUUUCACUCUGCAUAUAAUUGCAAUUCGAGGUCCGUUUAAUCUGAAGGGUGAGGUGGCGUUUUCCCCUUAUUACGGAGGGCGAAAUUAUCUAAAUUUGUCCGCGUUUCGCGACGUAUCGGACUCGGAAAUGAGCGAGUUGUCGUGUUGGGUGAGAUGGUAUGCAGGGGUUGUGGAACAUAACAGGAAAUUGGAUCGGAUUCUGUAUUUUCGUUCAAGAAAUCCCGAAAUUGUGGAAGGUAAAGACAGGAAGAUUCCCGAAUUGUUGGAGGAAUUGGAUGUUCUUGUCGGUUUUUUGGAGCGGAUUUCGGAAGUUCCCGAGUCGUUGCAUGUCCAGAAAUCGGAUUUGGUAUACGAGGUUGUGAGAUUGGUUCUUGAGAGUUACCGGUUGGUGCAGAGGGAGAUUCGGGUCCGAGUUACCGAAAUCGGAAACAGAGUCGAGUGGCUGAGUCGGGACGAGUUAACUGAGUCGGUGGAGAUUCUGACUCGGAUGGAAAAUUGCAGAAGGAAAGUGAGUGUGUUGUUUGUGAACAGAGGGAAGAACGAGGAGUUGUGGGAAUUGGUGACGUGUACGAAAGGGAAACUGGUGGAGCGGAGGAGGAGGAUGACGAUGACGAUGACCGAGUCGACUCGGUUGUGGAACCCGUUUCUUGAACCGGGUUCAUUGAGACCGUUGGGCCCGGCUUUGCUUCCACUGACCGUUUCAACGGUAGGAUAGUCCGAACCUUUUGUCUGUUUCUUUGAGCUUGAAAUCCGUUAAAGAAAGCGUUUUUUUUUUUU